AUGCCAAUCAAAGGUAUUCCAAUUCCAUCUGUUGCCCGUAAUGGUGUCGGAGCAUUUGUGAAGCCAUGCUACAAAAUUACCAUUCAAUACUGUAACUGGGGUGGAUCAUCAAAUGGUGUUAGACAAUUACUUAGCAAUGGGAAGUUAAACAACUUGGCCCUUGAAAAUCGGGAAAUAAUGUUUAAUAUCGUAAAGCAAAAAGGUCAUCCAAGAUUAACAUUCCAUUAUAAUAAUGAUUCCGUAAAGGAAAUUGAAUGUCGGAAUAAUACUGAUGGUGAAAUAUUGAAGAAGCUUAAAGAAUACUCACAAAAUAGUGGUAACAAAUUAUUCAAAUAUAAUCACAAGGUUCUUUCUAUCAAUGACUCUGUUAGAGGUAUUUGGUCCCCUAUGCAUAUUCCAAAGGAGCAUAGACAUAAAAUUUAA